CUGGCAGAGUUCUUCCCCCCUCCCGUCGGGGGCGUCGUUCUGCGCCUGCGCGGCGUGCACCUGCGCCCAGUCCCGUUAUUCGCGCCGGCGCCGGGAUGUCGUGAGGCGAGCGAGCGGGCGAGCGGGCGGGCGAGGGGGAGCCAUGUUGGGCGGCGGGGAGGCCAGCCCGGAGGCCCUUCCCAGUGAGGAGUCCUCGGAGGAGCUGAGCGCCUGCAGCAAGGAGGAGCUGGUGCGUCGGCUGCGGCGGGAGGAGGCGGCCAAGCUGUCGGCGCUGGUGCAGCGCGGGCGCCUCAUCCAGGGCGUGAACCGGCAGCUGCAGGAGCACCUGCGCGAGGUGCGCGAGCUGAAGGCCGUCAACGGGCGCCUCCAGGCCGAGAACCGCGAGCUGCGCGACCUCUGCUGCUUCCUGGACGAGGACCGCGCCAAGGCCAAGCGCCUCGCCCGCCACUGGCAGCUCUUCGGCCACCACGCCGCCCAGGCCCUGCGCGAGGAGGUGGCCGCCUGCCUACGCAAGCUGGCCGGCCUCGAGGGCCUCCAGGAACGCCUCGCCCGAGACAACCUGGAGCUCAAGGAGCUGUGCCUGGCCCUGGAGGACGAGUGCGCAUGCGCCGCCGCCCCCGCCCUCCUCGCCGCCGCCCCCCCACCCUCGGGGGCGCCCCCCGACGUCGCCAGCCCCGGCGCCCACCCCGAGCUCGGCCUCCUCCCCCCCUGCGGGCCCCGGGACCUCGGCGACGGGAGCUCCAGCACCGGAAGCCUCGGCAGCCCCGACCAGAGCCACCCGGGAUGCUCCCCCGACGGGUGAGGCCUCUGCCGGGAGGGCUUCGGCGGUGUCUCGCCCCUGGCACCUCAAGGGCCCUUUGGGGCUGUCUCCCAUCCUUAGGGCAUCUGUUGGGAAGGUUUUGUUGGUGUCUCUCCCCAGGCACUUCAAGGGCCCUUUGGGGCUGUCUACCACCCUUAGGAGACACUGCAUGGGCAUCUGUCGGGAGGGCUUCGCUGGUGUCUCUCCCCUGGCACCUCAAGGGCCCUUUGGGGCUGUCUACCACCCUUAGGGCAUCUGUUGGGAGGGAUUUGUUGGUGUCCUCCUGCCUGCCAGACAACGCCAAGACGGCCCUUGACAUCUCCUCCUCUGCUACUCCUCUCACUACAGCCAGGCACCUGAAUGGCCCAUGAGGCUCUCUACCAUCUUUAAGAGACACCACAUGGGCCUCUGUUGGGAGGGCUUCGCUGGUGCCUCUCCCCAGGCACCUCGAGGGCCCUUUGGGGCUGUCUACCACCCAUAGGAGACACUGCAUUGGCAUCUGUCGGGAGGGCUUCGCUGGUGUCUCUCCCCAGGCACCUCGAGGCCCCUUUGGGGCUGUCUCCCAUCCUUAGGGCAUCUGUUGGGAAGGUUUUGUUGGUGUCUCUCCCCAGGCACUUCAAGGGCCCUUUGGGGCUGUCUACCACCCUUAGGAGACACUGCAUGGGCAUCUGUCGGGAGGGCUUCGCUGGUGUCUCUCCCCAGGCACCUCAAGGGCCCUUUGGGGCUGUCUGCCACCCUUAGGGCAUCUGUUGGGAGGGAUUUGUUGGUGUCCUCCUGCCUGCCAGACAACGCCAAGACGGCCCUUGACAUCUCCUCCCCUGCUUCUCCUGUCACUACAACCAGGCAUCUGAAUGGCCCUUGGGGCUGUCUACCAUCCUUAGGAGACACUGCAUUGGCAUCUGUCGGGAGGGCUUUGCUGGUGUCUCUCCCCAGGCACCUCGAGGGCCUUUUGGGGCUGUCUACCACCCAUAGGAGACACUGCAUUGGCAUCUGUCGGGAGGGCUUCGCUGGUGUCUCUCCACAGGCACCUUGAGGGCCCUUUGGGGCUGUCUACCAUCCUUAGGGCAUCUGUUGGGAAGGUUUUGUUGGUGUCCUCCUGCCUGCCAGACAAUACCAAGACGGCCCUUGACAUCUCCUCUCUUGCUUCUCCUGUCACUACAGCCAGGCACCAGAAUGGCCCUUGAGGCUCUAUACAAUCCUUUAGAGAGACAGCAUGGGCCUCUUUUGGGAGGGCUUUGUUGGUGUCCUCCUGCCUGCCAGACAACACCAAGGUGGCCCUUGACAUCUCCUCCCAUGCAUCUCCUGUCUCUACAGCCAGGCACCUGAAUGGCCCUUGGGGAUCUCCACCAUCCUUAGGAAAGACCGUAUGGGCAUCUGUUGGGAGGGUUUUGUUGGGAUCUCUCUGCCUUGCCGGAAGGAGGCACUCCUGUCAUAAUAGCUAGGCACCUCAAGGGCCCUAUGGGGCUGUCUACCACCCUUAGGGCAUCUGUUGGGAGGGAUUUGUUGGUGUCUUCCUGCCUGCCAGACAACACCAAGAUGGUCCUUGACAUUUCCUGCCAUGCAUCUCCUGUCACUACAGCCAGGCACCUGAAUGGCCCAUGAGGCUCUCUAUUAUCCUUAAGAGAGACCGCAUGAGCCUCUGUUGGGAGGGAUUUGUUGGUGUCCUCCUGCCUGUUAGACAACACCAAGAUAGCCCUUGACAUCUCCUCCCUUGCUACCCAUGUCACUAAAGCCAGGCACCUGAAUGGCCCUUGAGGCUCUCCAUCAUUCUUAGCAGAGACCGCAUGGGCCUCUGUUGGGAGGGCUUUGUUGGUGUUCUUCUGCCUGCAAGACAACACCAACAUGGUCCUUGACAUCUCCUCCCUUGCUACUCCUGUCACUACAGCCAGGCACCUGAAUAGCCAAAUUUAGGAGAGACCACAUGGGCCUCUGUUGGGAGGGUUUUGUUGGUGUCUUCCUUCCUGCCAGACAGCGCCAAGAUGGUCCUUGACAUCUCCUCCACUUCCAGAAAGAAGGCACUCCUGUCACUACACUCACGGCCUUUGGGGUUAUCUACCAUCCUUAGGAGAGACUGCAUGGGCCACUGUUGGGAGGGUUUUGUUGGUGUCCUCCUGCCUGCCAGACAACACCAAGGUGGCCCUUGACAUCUCCUCCCUUGCUACUUCUGUCACUACAACCAGGCACCUGAAUGGCCAAAUUUAGGAGAGACCACAUGGGCCUCUGUUGGGAGGGUUUUCUUGGUGUCUUCCUGCCUGCCAGACAGCGCCAAGAUGGUCCUUGACAUCUCCCCUUCCAGAAAGAAGGCACUCUUGUCACUACAGCCACGGCCUUUGGGGCUGUCUACCAUCCUUAGGAGAGACCUCAUGGGCAUCUGUUGGGAGGGUUUUGCUGGUGGCCUCCUGCUUGGCAGACGACACCAAGAUGGCCCUUGACAUCUCCUCCCCUUCCAGAAAAGAGGUGCUUCUGUCACGACAGCCAGGGCCUUUGGGACUGUUUACCAUCCUUAGCAGAGACCGCAUGGGCUUCUGUUGGGAGGGUUUUGUUGGUGUCCUCCUGACAACACCAAGACAGCCCUUGACAUCUCUUCCCCUGCUACUCCUGUCACUACAGCCAGGCACCUGAAUGGCCCUCGGGGCUGUCUACCAUCCUUAGGAGAGACCACAUGGGCCUCUGUUGGGAGGGAUUUGUUGGUGUCCUCCUGCCUGCCAGACAACACCAACAUGGCCCUUUUCCCCUGACAGAAAAGAGGCACUCCUGUCAUGACAGCCAGGGCCUUUGGGGCUGUCUACCAUCCUUAGGAGAGACCGCAUGGGCAGAGAUUGGCACCUAGAUGGCCCUUGACAUGUCUUCCGCUGCCACUCCUGUCGCUGCAGCCAGGUACCUGAAUGGCUCUUUCCCCGUUAUUAUUAUUAUUGUUAUUACGGGGAGAUAGGGCAGAAUAUAAAUAAUGUAUUAUUAUUAUUAUCUCUCAUCACUGGUGGGAUAAUAAUAAUAAUAAUAAUAAUAAUAAUAAUAAUAAUAAUUUAUAUUCCGCCCUAUCUCCCCAUUAAUAUUCUGCCCUAUCUCCCUGUUAUUAUUAUUAUUAUUAUUAUUAUUAUUAUCCCACCAGUGAUGAGAGAUAAUAAUAAUAAUAAAUUUGUAUAUUCUGCCCUAUCUCCACAUUAUUAUUAUCCCACCAGUGAUGAGAGAUAAUAAU